GACCAGUACAACAACCUCGACAACCCCAACGGCCACUACCGGUCCACGGGGCCCGAGAUCUACGAGCAGACCGACGGCGAGGUGACCCAUUUCGUGGCCGCGGGGUCCACGGGCGGCACGAUCAGCGGCAUCGGCACGUACCUCAAGGAGAAGAAGGGCGACGACGUCACCAUCGUCCUCGCGGACCCAACGGGCUCCGUCUUCAAGAACUACUUCAAGACGGGCACGCUCUGCGCGCCCAAGCCUUUUCUCGUGGAGGGCGUCGGCAAGAACAACAUCCCCGGGGCCAUGGACUUCGCCGUCGUCGACGCGCUCGUCGAGGUCGGCGACAAGGACGCGCUCAAGAUGUGCGCGAAGAUCGCCCGGUCGACGGGCCUCUGCGUCGGCGGGUCGUCGGGCCUCAACGUCGAGGCCUGCGCGCGCCUCGCGGAGCAGUCCGACGAGCCCCUGACGAUCGUGACGAUGCUCUGCGACUCGGGCGUCAAGUACCUCUCGAAGAUCUUCAACGAGGACUGGCUCGCGGAGAACGACAUCUCCAUCGACUAA